UAUUCCCUGUGGCGUCUUUGUCUGCAGGAAUCACUUGACCCCACCAACCCGCUUUGUGCAGACUCUUCGUCGGCGGUAUCCAAUCCAGCAGGCCCAGUAUGCCUCGCUGGGGGCCCUGCCCACAGUAUGCUGGGAUGGCUUUCAGAAGAAGAGCGUACUUUCUGCUCGCAACUCUAGCAUGGUGCAGAGCCCAGUAACAGUGAAGAUUGCUCCGCCAGACAGCAACCUGUCCCAUUCUCCCAUCUUGGAGCAGUUGAUUUCACCAGUGGCCUUAUCAUCCAACAGCACCCUGGAUCCAUGUGCAAAAGAGACUGUGCUCAGUGCCCUUAAGGAGAGCAGGAAGAGGGCUGUGGAGGAGGAAGAUGACCAAACUUUCCCCAUUGAACAGGAAAACAAAAGGAGGCGACAUGACAGCAGUGGGAGUGGACAGUCAGCAUUUGAGCCUCUGGUGGCAAAUGGAGCCCCAGCCUCUCUUGUACCCAAGCCAGGCUCUCUGAAGAGGGGUCUUACCUCCCAGUGUCUAGAUGAGUGCCUAAACAAGAGAUCACGUAGCAGUUCCAUCAGCUCCGUGAACAACAUGUACGCAGGUGGGAUUCCCAGCUCCAUUCGCAAUGCCAUCGCCAGCUCCUACAGCUCUACCCGGGGCCUCUCGCAGGUGUGGAAGAGAAGUGGCCUGAGUACUUCCCCUCUUUCCAGUCCAGCAUCUUCCCGCUCUCAGACACCAGAGAGGCCUCUUAAGAAAGCAAGAGAAGAAGAGCCACAUCGAUCUAGUACUUCCACCCCAGUGAAAUCUGACAUGGAACUGCAGACAGAGAGAGCUGUGGAGACCCCUGUGCAAAAGAAGCAAAGUUCCUUGAGCUUACCCUCCCUGUCAGAGAGCAGUGGGAAGCGCAAGCGGAAGAUCCAGCUGCUGUCCUCUCGCCGAGGAGACCAGCUUGCCUUGCCUCCUCCCCCUCAGCUGAGCUUUCCUGUCACAGUCGAGGACUUGGAUGCAGAAAAGAAGGCAGUGCUCAAGUGUUUCAACAAAGUCUUGGAGGAUAAGACUGUAGAUUCGCCUGCAACCAGUUCUGCAGAGACCAUCCCUGCAUCCAAACCCCUGUCAUUCACACUGAUGUCUACUGGGCCUACAUCUGUAUUGACAGCUCCUCUGGUUGCCAGCACUGGCUCCUUGCUGGAAAGUCUGAAGAAAAUGCAGAACAGCCAGAGUAUUCCUGUGCUUUCAGAUUCGACAGGAGUUGCAGCGACUUCUCAGCCAGUUCCAGCAGCCCCUCUGUUGUCAGUCUCCAAUGUACCACUGAAUUCAAGCUCAUUGUCUGUUACAGCAUCUGACUCAAAGCUUGUGCCCAUGUUAAACUUACCUGUUCCAUUAGCCCCUCCCUGCUCCCUUGUCCAGCCUGGCGGCAGUGAAAGCAGCCUGGGGGUUCCCACUUCACUGGAGCUAGGCCCGACCCCUAGCAAACCUCCCUCCUCCCCUAAACCAAGCAUCCUUUUUGGGAUGCUGAGCAUUCCUCCUGCCAGCCAGCCUGCAGCAGCAACAGCUACAUCUUCCACCCCAGCCACCACUGCCCCUGUGUUUAAGCCAAUCUUUGGCACCUUGCCAAAAAGCGAGAACAUGGUGCCUUCUGCAGCUGGCACUUCCACAACAGUCACAGUGUCUUCCAGUGCUACAUCUCUCUCAACAACCUCCCCUGCCAGCACCACAAUGUUCAAGCCUGUUUUUGGGAGUUUGACGACAUCUGGACCCUCAGCAACAGCUUCUCCCUUUGCGUUUAAGCAGGCUUCUCAGCUGGCAUCCACUGCUGAUCUGACCACAGCUUCCACCACAGCCACCCCUGUGUUUGCCAGCUUCCCCAAUAGCAUCUUCACAACUGCAGCAACGACCAGCACUGUACUGAGUACCAUCACUGAAUGCACUACGAAGCCCAUGUUCAGUUUUGGGCUUAACCUGCCGAGUUCCACCAGUGUGUCAGCCAGCCCAGCUGUCAGCACAGCCACCUCCACCAGUGCAUCUCAGCCCUUCCUCUUUGGAGCCCCUUCAAGCUCAGUUCCCAGCACAGAAGCAGGCUUUGCGUCCACAGGCCCUGCUUUUGGGUUUGGAAAGCCUGCUGUCACCACAGCUACUACCACCACUAAUGUUCCAGUGGGCUCCACCUUUGGCCAUGCACCCUUGAAUGUAGCACAGGCCACCCCUUCCACCAUUACCACCACCACCACCACCGGCUUCAGUAUUUUUGGCAGCACUGCUCUGACUUCAACCCCAGCAACAGCAGGCCAGUCAACACUGUCUUUUGGCUCUUCCCUCACUCCGUUUUGUUCCUUUGGCACUGGUGCCAAACCACCCCCUGCAUACUCGGGGGCAGCUAGUCAGCCUGCAUUUGGCACUGGUACCCCAGACAGCCAGCAGUCUGCCAACAAGCCUACAGCUGGCCCAGCAAGCUUUAGUGCCCCUUUCAGCUUUGGAGCCUCCACAACCCAGUCUACUGCUCAGCCAGCAUUUGGCAGCAACACUCAGCCAGCCUUUGGUGCCAACAGCCAGGCUUCCUUCCGCACAAGCAGCAGCCAGCCAGCGUUUGGAGGCACCACAUCCAUCUUCUCCUUUGGAACAGCCACCACAACCACCACAUCAAGUUUUGGUUCCAACACCCAGACUACAAACAGUGGGGCCAGGGGCAUGGUGUUUGGCAGUGCCACUGCAUCUCCAUUCACUUUUGGGGCAUCCACCCAGCAAAGCACAGGACCCAGUGCCUUUGGCAUUGGAACACCUUCCCUAGGUGGAAGUACUCCUGCUGUAGCAUUUAAUUUUGGGGCUGGGCAGAGCGGAUCGGCAGGUGCCAUAACACUCUUUGGUUCCCCCCUGACGCAGAACACGCUGGGUGCCCAGAACCAGAGCACGUCAUUUGCCUUCUCUGCAGCUGGCACACCUGAUAACAAGCCUGUGUUCGGAGGAACUCCUGCACCCAGUUUUGGGCAGAGUACCCCUGUCCCAGGAGGAGCAGGAGGUGGGAGCAACAGCCUUUCCUUUGGAACCCCCAGCACUCCUGCCUCAGGUUUUGGAAGUGUGGGGCCAUCAUUUGCACCAUCAUUCUCCAUUGGGUCAGGAUCCAAGACUGGGGCCCGUCAGCGCCUGCAGGCACGAAGGCAGCACACCCGCAAAAAGUAGCCUCGUCAAUUUUCUGGCCAUGAAUUUCUGGCCUUGCUGCGAUAAGCCCCAGCCCAGCUGCUUGAGCCAAGACUCAAUGUAGAGCGACCAGCUACACAAGCAGCUGAGCCCCUGCAGUUCAGGUGCUCGUGUCUGUGAAAUCCAUUGGAGCCAGUUCUGGGUGGCAGCAACUCUUCUACAUGAGAUGGGGCAAACCAAACCCUUCUUACUUGAACACUUCUACAGCCGAGACUGGAUAAACCUCUGUACAUAUCUACAGUGUUUCCUCCCUAACUUUUUUUUCUCCAUGUUUCAUAAUGUUUAAAAUUCUCCCAUUGCUUCCUGUAGCUGCUCCUGUGCCCUUCUUUCCCUGACUACACUGACAGGCUGGUCUCCAUGGGCUGAGCAUGCAGAGCAGGAGCUUGUGGAGAUACUGUGGGUGCUGGCCCCAGGGUCACAUUCCCAGCCUGUGUCUGACAGUGACUGACACCCUGCUGCUUCAGCUGCCAUCUCCCUGUGUUCCUACCUCCCUACCCUGCUAAGUGGCAUGUUCCCCCGCCCUCUGGGCAGGCCAGAGGUAGCAGUUUUGUCCUGAACUGCUGUUCCUGGGUUGGGGAAGAAUCUUCACUGGUCAAGAAGCCUUUCCCUGUGGUGUAAUCUAAUGACCCAGUAAAAGCCCCUCCUCCUGAAGGACUGCUCUGAUUUGGCCUAGCAGGUGCCUACUUGACAAAACUCUGCCUGGCUUACCCUUUCCAGUGAGUGGUACUGGCCCCUGCAGGGGUUUAAAUAUGUUGGUGCUCUAAAUGGAACAUGCCAUCUAGCUCCUGUAGCUCCCAAGCAUCAGCUAAGGCCUUCUGUAAUACCAUGCUCCUGGCUCAACCUCUGUUGGAAGAGAGCAGCAUGGGUGGGCCAUGUCCUUGGCUGGAGCUGUGCUGCAGGAACUAACACCACCUCUGCACCAGAGGGAGAACAGGAGUCUGGUACCCUUCGGUACAUGAUAAGUGUCCUGAGUUUGUGCUCUGGCCUGUGGGAUGGGUGCUGCCACUUAUGAUUUCAGCCAUCUGUGAUGCUUUGGGUUAGUUUCUACAGAUCUUGUCUGUGUAAAGCCCUGUAUGUUCUGCUCUCUGUUUACGCUCACUGAAUCGAGUUUGGAGGAAGAAUUGAACCGUAUGCGUGGCGGCAUGUUGGUAAUGCCGGACUUGCUGUUUUAAAGUUUUUUGGGGGCGGGGGAUGCACCCUGGCUAAUUGGUUGUCAACAGUAGCAUCUUUGUGUGGCUACUAGUGGUGAGUGAAUUCUGUAUUUUAACUGUUGUGACUGAAAGAAUGGCAGCUGUGGGGUGGGCAUCACAUUGUGGCAGCCUCUUCAUAGCCUGUGCUCUAGGCUGGGUCUGUUCUCAAUCUGCCCCAUAAACCAGGCUCACGACCUAGCCUAGGUUCUGUGGUGUACUGAUAGGAGCCAUCUCCCAGGUGCAAGAGACCUCUUGGCUCUAGCUAAAGACACUAAA